AUGUUUGGACGCGCUACUUUUCAACGCUCUUUUACUCCUCCUCCUCCUUUCGUAGUAUUCAAAAACAACAACGCCUUUAACAGAAAACAAAUGAUGAGAACAAAAACGAAGACAAUAAUUAUUGAAUCUCGAAUCCGUCCUGGUAGGCAAGUCGAGCAAAGAAAAUUUCGCAUGGAACGAGAGAAAGAGUCGAUUGGGAUUUACGAGUACUUGGAGACGAUUGGGGUGGCAAAAUCGGCAGCGUUGAGAGUUAUGUCGCAAGCGACGAUGCAAUUUGAAGCCGAGAGAGCAAAGAUGGGGAUGACACUCGAUGGGUCGGUGAAAUUCGACGAGAACGAAGUCAGAAAAGUGGUGGAGUUUUUACAAUCGAGAGAUAUACGAGAACAACAGUUGGGGGGAUUAAUCACGAAUUUUCCGUCCGUGUUAGCGUACGACGUGGAAACGAGAUUAGAACCACUUUUUGUGUACGUGGAGAAGGAGUUGGGGAUCACCGGGACGGAUUUCGCGAAGGAGGUGCAACGACGACCGAGUUUGUUGGGAUUGAGAGCCGACGAAAACUUAGCGAAAAUGGUCGGGUAUUUAGAAUCAACCGGGAGCACGCGGGAAGAGGUUGUAGAGUAUUUGAUGAAAACUUUAUAA